GCAUCGCACUGCCCUGAGCAGACCCAGUCUAUCGGACGGCUGCUGGGGGAAUGUGCCCUCGCCGGCGACGUGUUUCUCCUUUCCGGUGAGCUUGGCGCGGGCAAGACCUGCCUGACGCAGGGCAUCCUUUGGGGGCUUGGCGGCGAUGAGUACGCCCGCAGCCCGACUUUCGUGCUGAUAUGUGAGUAUCCCGCGCGUCUCACGCUCUACCAUAUGGACUUGUACAGGCUCGACAGCCUUGACGAGAUCAUCGACCUCGGCCUCGACGACUACUUCUUUGGCGAAGGCGUGUGCGUCGUGGAGUGGGCGGAAAAAGGUCUUGAUGCAUUCGACGGAGAGCAUAUCCGCGUUUCUAUUGAGCACGCGGGCGGCGAGAGUCGCACGUUAAUGUUCAGCUCCAAUUCGACUCGAUACUCCAAUAUGCUGAGCGCUCUUAGAGAAAUGGUCUUGGCGUGCGGGAGCAUGUCCGAGUUCGAAUUACCGAAUGGCGAGGCGCAAUAG